AUGUCGCCUAAAAGAAAAUGGGAAAAUUUCCCUGGCAGAAACAAGUUUUAUUUGAACGGGAGAGUUAUUAUGGCCAAGGCUAAUGGAGUGUGUAUAUUUACUGCUGUUUUAAUACUGUCUACGAGUGCUUUAUUCUUCGCGUUUGAGUAAGUAAACCUCGUGCAUUUUGUUUUAAUCGACAUCAGCAGUGCUUUUAUUUUCUGUUUACGGGAAGGUGUUUAAUAGUUAUGUUUUUAUUGUGUUGAUAAUGUGAAAUGAAAUUGACUGUGUUUCAUUUUAAAUAUAAAUUUUUGUGUAUAUAUACUUUCCUUUAAAUUAAUGAGUGAAAUUUGAGAUUUUUUUUUGCGAAUACUAUCCAUAAAUGUGCCCAAGUGAUGUUAGGAAACUUACAGUACUAGCAGACUAAAGUUUUGACAGUUUAUAUUCAUAAAAAAUGAAGGAAAUUUGAUCAGAUUUCACUGUAUCCAGCAAUAGUGGGUAGGGCUCAUAUCUUGCCUCAUUAAUAUGCAAAAUUGUUUGUUGAAGGUUUUUUCCAAUUUUAAAUUAAACGAAUUACAUAUAAACAACACUUUGACAAUAAGCUGCCCUGGUUGAUGUCUAAACUACCUGAAAAGAUUAAAAACACUUUGAUGUUUGACACAAACCAGACAGGUUAUUGUAGAAGGCUACUCAUCUUGCAGGGGCUGCCGGCCGGUUGUACAAAGGCCGGAUAGUGCUAUCCACCUAAAGUUUAGGUUGCUCCAGUCAACAAACAAUUUUAGAAAGGUUGCAAAAGUUGCUAUUCGGUAGAUAUGAAUAACGUGGUUUCUUGCACUUCACUUGGUGGAAUUAAUAUUAGAAUGUUAGGGUUUGUGAUCCAAGUGGUUAUAUACAUUUUAAGACCUGACCAGGAACGACUGCGAAAAAUGCAGCACAAGGACCGAAAUCGCAGGGCUGUAGGUUCAAUUCAUACCAGAGGACCUUGUGCUGCAUUUUUCGCAGUCGUUCCUGGUCAGGUAUUAAAAUGUAUAUGGUCAAUUUCACAUGAGACAUUGAAAAUGGCAAAAUUGCAAAAUGCAACAUUAUGUGGUGCUAACCACAUGUUUCCAUAGUUAACACAUUGGAUUAUCAUAAAUCAAAACGAUUUUUGAAUUUUGGCCCAUGCCCACUCUGCGGCAAAUCGUCGAAUCUGCACUUGUUUGUUGCUAUUGUUCUGUGGAUAAAGUGUGUUUAUUUAAAAUAAUUAUAACUCAGUCACUUUAACUUUGAAAUAAGUUAUAUUUCUUAACAAACACAGUCUAAGGUUCACAUAUCAUGAUGACAAUGUUAGAUCAGACAAUAUCCAGUGUUGCUGUGAUUUAUGGUGCAUCGAAGUUUGGGUAAGAGAAAUGUAAUGUCCGCAACAAAAAAACAAUUCAAUUUAUUUUUCAGCCAAACGUCUAGCUCUUUUGACAUUAUAUUUGUGCUGCUUUUUUAAAAUGGUAUUACAUUAUUUUAGACUGGAAAAAGACAAUAAAAAGUAUUAACAUGUCUUGAAUAAUGUGUUGCGGACAUUACGUUGCAGACAUUACAUUUUUGAAAUUGGAGAAUUAGAUGCUUAUGUAAUUGUCUUGCUUGAAUUCUAUAGUUAUUUUAAGCUUGAUGACUUAAAAAUAGAACAUUAAAAGGACUAUGGGACCCUUACUUUUAACUAUAAUCACUCCGUGCUGUAUACACAAUCACAGUGACACAAUUCAUCAUGGAAAGUUUCCAAGUUACAUAUAAUGCCACAACCGUAUACUGCCGUUGUAUCAUCAGUUUUGUAAGGCAUAUGUUGUUAAGAGCAAAAUCAUGUUUUAAUUCAUGUUUGUUUUGAUCAUCUUCCACUAAACCCAGGGGUGUUAAUUAUCCCCACCAAAUAUAGUAAAUGCAAAACUGUCAAAUAGAAUGGUCUGCAAACAUGACACUUUAUUUGCUGCACAACCCGAGUCAUUGCCUGAGUCUAUGCGCAACAAAUAUUGCACUUUUGAAAGAUAUUAUUGUCAACAGAAGAUUAUAUACUGUAAUAUAUGUGACCAUGAUUUCAUCCCAGGAUUUAUGGUGGUAUACACAUGGGCAUACAGGAAGGAAAAAAUUAGGGGGGAGGAAAGAAAUUUGCCUGACUUUUUCAGAUUGUGCCCGCGUUGUUAAAAAAAUUUCCGGAGAAACUUUCCAAAAUUGUUGUCGAUGGGGGGGGGACUAGUGAUUACGAAGAAUUCCUAUUAGAUAGAUAGCAUAUUUCCCACAAAAUUGACAGAAUUCCCCACAAAAUUGACAGAAUUUGUCCCAUUUAUUUUUAUAAUAAGCCAAUAUUGCCCAAGUGUGAAGCGAAUAUUGCCCGACUGGCUUUGUUUGCCCAACAAACUGGGGGGGUCCGCAACAGUACUUUGACUUUUUAUUGCAAGAAUUGAUUACGAGGGAAUUUUGUUUUAUUUUAUGAAAUCUUAAGAGGUCCCCUUAAGGUUUUCUAUGACAAAGUUCCCAGAUCUGAAACUGUUGCAAACAGGAAACAGAGCAUGUUUUGUAUUAAUUGUUUUUCUGUGAAUGUAAUGUCCGCAACGUGAAAUUGCCCAUAUAACCACUUGGAUUACAAACCCUAACAUUCUAAUAUCCGGUAGAUAUAGGGGUUGAAAAAGUUGCUAUCCAGACUUUGUACGACCUCAGGCCAGGAAUUUCCCGAAAACUCUACAUACUAGAUGUCAAAGAUGCCAUAGAGCGCAGUGGCUCUCUACAGCAAUUUUUGCCAAUUUUGCUUUUGUGUAAUAUUUCAUGUGCACUAUGGGUGACAGGUUGUGGUAGAAAUUGCUGUAGUUGUCCACAGUGAUCCACAGCAUUUUUUUCUCAAAGAAUGGCAAUUGUCAUACUGUGCCGAGUUAAAAUUCCAGACCUGCAUUGUGCUCCCAUGUUUGAGAUUUCUUUUUCAAAUAGUUCAGACACAAACCACGGCAGCUUAUUGCAGAAUACUACCGUCACUGAACCCCCGCAUGUGAGAUAUCUUUUAGAUAGUUCAGUCUAUAUGAACAGAUCUUGAAAACUUGUUUAAUUUAUUUUGUAGUUGUCCAUAUUUAUAUGACCAUGUAUCUCCUGUUGUCCCUUUCAUCGCAAUAUGGUUCUUUUUAUUUUCACUUGGUGCUCUUGCAAGAGCUGCAUUUAUUGAUCCUGGGAUUGUCCCAAGAGCAAGUCUUGAUGAAGCUGCUUAUAUUGAAAAACACAUUGGUAAAUAUUUAUGAUGUUGCACAGUAGUUACUGUUGAGGGGAAAUUUAUAUACAUUUAUUAGACCUAACCAGGAACAGCUGCGAAAAACAGGCCUUAAAAUAUCGGUCGGUCACGGAAAUUGUCCGACCCAUUCGUGAAAUUGUCCAACGUAGAGAGGAAACCACCGGACAUUCUGUCCGACCUAAGUGAAACUGAGGUUUAUUGUUUGUCCGACCCGAGUGAAUUGGUGUCCAACCGAAAUGUAGCUUUGUCCAUCGUAAAUCAAAAUGUACCCUAGCCCAGGACUAGAGGCUUGUAUAUUAAAUGGAAAACCAGAGUACUAUUGUAUAGAAGGUGAACUGGAAAUGUUGUUUUAGCGUAGUCGAGCGUGGGGUGGCGAGCGAAAUAAUGAAGUGGAAAACGGGCUUAAGUUGUCGAAGUCUUUUUUUAAUACUGCUGUUCUGGAAAGCAAGUUAAUUUUGGCUUGGAAAUAAGUAUGAAAGAAACGAAUUAUUUAAUAUCUUUACAACAUUUACCGUACAGAUUUAAUACAUUGUGCUGAUAUUCAUUUGACGUGUCAUUCAGACUUAUUCGAAGUCAAAACUGAACUGAAGGUCAUCGGACAUAUGUCCGACCCAAACUCAACGUCAUCGGACAUUUUGUCAGACGGCCCUGUAAAAGAUAUUUUAAGGCCUGGAAAAAUGCAACUUUUUAGGUCCCUCGCAGGAAUCGAACCUGUAGCUGUGCAAUUCCAGUGCAGCGCUCUAACUAACUGAACUUCAGAGGCCAGUUGUCGAGCUCUAACCACAAGUUCAUGUAUGUAUACUAGGGUAUUGCCAUGCAUAGGUUAUGGCAGGGGUGGCAAUUUUUUUUUUCUUUCUGGGAACCUGGGUCGAAGGCUAGAAAUUUUCUGUAUAAAUUGCAAUGUUACAAUUACAAAAAUAAGAAAACAAAUGCAUAAUUAUUGUAUUAUUUGUACUUUAGUAAUCGUAUGCUCGUACAUCGCAAUAGUUGUCUGUUAUGUACCGUCAGUUAUGAGUUAUGACCAACUAGUAAGGAUCUAACGCUUAACUAAGUGUCCUAUCGUCUUAUUUAUUCCAUCACUUUUAUUUGUUUACUAUUUAAUUUGCAUUUUAUUGGAGACUUUGCAGAGCAUAUAUUCACCAUUUUACCUCAUUGUGAUGGCACGGGUGGGUAAAAGAAUUAAUUUCUGUCAAAUAUUUAAAAGGUUGCUAAUGUUAGCGUGUACAGUGUAAAUAAAGUAGAAUAGUUGUAACUUGUAAGUUGAGUAAACAGAGUUAUCUCAAAAUGUUGAAAUAUUUUCUGGAAAAUUUUCUGCAAACUCUCAACUCAAAAAAAAUUUCUGGGAACUAGAUUCCCAGGUUCCGAUACUUUUUCCACCCCUGGGUUAUGGGUAAGGAUUAAUAGUUUGGUUUUAGUUUUACUAAUAUAUAUAAAUACUUGUGUUUAAAUUCUAGCUCUAGAAACGAGUCAAUCCCAAGGGUUUCGACCUCCGGCGAGGACGCGAGAUAUAACAGUGAAUGGACAAUCUGUCAAACUAAAGUAUUGCUUUACGUGUAAGAUAUUCCGGCCACCACGGGCUUCUCACUGUAGUAUGUGUGAUAAUUGUGUAGGUAAGUCUUGGUCAGUUAUUUAAGUUUGUAUUGAUCAUGUGUAUUUACUAAUUGUACAUAUGAAUAUUUUAUUUUAGAUCGAUUUGACCACCACUGUCCUUGGGUAGGUUUUUACUCCUAACUUUGAUAUAUACAAUCAUCUCAUUUUAUUAUGAGUAUUUUAUAUUUUGGUGUUUUGUUUUGUAGGUUGGUAACUGUGUUGGCCAAAGAAAUUAUAGAUAUUUCUACUUGUUCUUAGUUUCUUUAUCAAUUUAUUGUGUUUAUAUAUUUGCAUUUGUCAUCCUACACUUAGUCUUGUGUAAGUAACUGUUUUCUAAAAUUUUUCUUUCGAAUUAUCGUUUGGUAGUUGUGUUCUAAUUGUUGUUUGUUGUGUUCUUGUUGUUUAUUGUUUUCUAAUUCUUUCUGUAGUAUCUGAGGACAAAGGCAGUUUUGUUGAUGCAGUCAAAGAGUCUCCAGCUAGAUAUCCUUUCAGUCCAUUUAAUUACAGUUAAUUUCACAAAACUUUGGCUGCGCCAGUUGCGAGGUUGGUUGGGAAUUUGGGAACUAUAAACACGAGAUCAUCAAGUUGAUUGGAAACCGGCCAAUCAAAUUUGGAAGUUUUGCAUCAAAUUAUUGAAAUUCGUUAUGAAAUUCCGAACCAAGUUCGCAAGCAAGUUCGCAAAUUGCAAACGAUUUUGACGGUAAAUUUUAAAAACUAAACUUAUUGUAUUAAACUUAUUCAUUUAAUAAUAAAUAAUAUCAUAAUAGACCCUUUGCACUGAUGUCACAAAUCCUUAGAGUGUCCUCCAGAUGCUACCUAACAAUAUCUGUUCGGGUACAACAACUACAUACAAAAUCGUUUGCAAUUUGCGAACUUGCUUGCGAAUUUGGUUCGGAAUUUCAUAACGAAUUUCGAUAAUUUGAUGCGAAACUUCCAAAUUUGAUUGGCCGGUUUCCAAUCAACUUGAUGAUCUUGUGUUUAUAGUUCCCAAAUUCCCAACCAACCUGUCAAUUGGCGUGGCCAAAGUUUCGUGAAAUCAACUGUAAUAGAAUAAGUUAUAUUUGAUAUUGGUGCCAUUUCAUAUUAUCCUUCAGGCAUUCAGGAAUAUGACUACAUUCCUAACGUUGUGAAAUGAACAAUUUGGAAAUGGCAAUAUCUGAUUUGUCUGUAGGAAAUUGUUUUAUUAAAAUGAGCUAGGGUUUGUAGCGGUCUUUGAAAUCCUUGAAAGUCUUUAAAUUUGAAUGCAGGUCUUUAAGGUCUUUGAAAAGUCUCUGAAAAGUCUCUGAAUUGUGUGAAAAAGCGAAGAAAGUCUUUAAAUUCUUCAGUGAGUAUUUGAUUAUACGAUUUCCUAGCUAAUAAAAUGAUUGAAGCAAAAUUUUUGCAAAUAUCGACGAAAAGGUGCAUUUUAGGAUUUGAUUUGACUGGACUAAUUACUAUGUAAAAAUGGUGCUUACACUCACAAUUUUUCGACAGCUGAUUGCUCUCAAAGUCUUUGAAAAUAGGCAGAAAAAAUCUUUGAAAGUCUUUGAAAUGUUUUGGUCUAGGAGACUAUGAACCCUGAUAGUCCCACAAAGAACAUUAAAUGUAGUGUUUGGCAUAAAGUGUUAUUUAUUAUUUAUACCCAACAAAGGCAUGACAUCAAAAUGGACCAAAUUCAAAAGUUUCCAAUUGGGGGACAUUUUCCCAUACAAAUUUUGAACAUUAUUUCAGGCUCUGAAUACUUGUCAUGUUUUUGAGCUGGAAAGCUGCCCCUUUUGAUGAAGUUUGUCCUUGACUUUGUUCACUAUAUUAGAAGCAAUUGUUUGUUUCUUUUCAAUUUGGUCAGUUCUUGGUCUGACUGGAUUUCAUAGUUAUCUUGUUGCCUCAAACCAGACCACAAACGAAGAUGUAAGCAACUUUAAAAACCUACUGUGUAGUUUGGGUCAGAAUUACCAUUGUACAAAACUAUCCACAUAUGACAUGUGACUCAAAAAAUGUAUGAUCAUAGCUUGUGCAAUUUAUUUUUGUACAUAAGAUCACAUAAUAUACAGUAUUCUAAAAUGUAUUUUUCAGAUCAAAGGAACAUUCUCAUCAAGAAGAGGUCAAAACAACUAUAAUCCUUACAGCAAGGGAUCAGUGUGGGCAAAUUGUGUUGAUGUUUUAUGUGCUCCACUCCGCCCAAGGUACAGGAUUCAAUUAAAUGUAAACAUAUUUAGGUGGGGUGCAUUAAUUGGAAUAUAGUAUAGUUAAUGGGGGUUAACUAGACACAUGUAUUAACAUUUAUGACUUUCUUUGGUUUCUCCUGAACUGGUUUCUUGUGAGUUUUUGAUGGAGUAUUUGUUGAAGUUUGUGCAGCGUGCUUGGGAGCAUGUGAUUGUGCCACCAUGUUGCUAUUAGUAGGCAAGAUAAUCUGGUUAACCCAUCGAGUGCCACCACUCUCCCCUUGACAAGUAAAAUCAUCAGGUGGUAGAUGCAAUGCAACCAGUGGCAGACAUCUUGGUGCGGCACGACCGCCACCUUCACGAAAAAUGACGAAUUUUCAGAAAUUUUGACCUAAAAGAGGGCUGAAAACAGCCUUUUCGAGUGCAAAUGGGGGGGCUUGUCGGAAAUUUAGGCUUUGUCCCCCUCCCCACCAGAAAAAGUGAAUUUCCGUCACUGAAUGUAACUUUCUGAUUGAUUUUAUACUUUCACUGUGCAUAUUUACUAUUAAAUGAAUUGUAAUAAAUUUCUGUAUGUAAAGUUUAUUAGAUCUUCGUGGUUUUAUUGUUCCUGACCCCAGUGACUCGGCAGAACGUGGACAAUAUGGUUCAGUCGCUACAAACCAACAGGUAAGGAAAUAAUUUAUUCAUUACAAAAGCUGGGUAGUUUGCAAGCACUCGGUAAUUAUGGCUGUAUUUAAACUACAGACGGCUGAUCCUUGUGGACGAAUUUGAGGAAAGAAAAUAUAGUUCAUUUGAUAAACGGCUCAAACAGACAGAAUACAGUAUAUGUGAACUAUCAUGAUUGUAGUUUAUUUUACUCAGACAAACAUGCUGUGUAGUUCACCUAGAUCUUUCUAUAAUCUACAAACUAGAUAAGACAUUGAACUAUUAGGAAAAUAUCUAGCUAGUUGGAUGGUUUCUAUAUGCUUAGAAGGACAAUCCUUUAAAAGGUAUUCUCUCCUGCCACCAUUCUCUCCUGCCUGCUAAUAGUAAUACUGCCAGGUUUGCAGGUUAUUAAAAAAUGUACGGGUUACCACAAUCUAGUAUAAAUGCAGUAAAUAUCCUUCUUUUCCACUAGCCUGCUAUGCCUGCUCCAAUAUCACAGACCAUGUAUCCAGCUCCAACUAACACAAGUGUUGAAAAUAAUGACACAGCUGAACAGAAGAAACCGCUGAUCCCUGAUACAUCGAAUCAUGGAGAUACUUUGAAACAAGACAGUGAUCGCGGGCUCGUGAAAUUAAGCACAGUGUAA